GUACAUUCUACAAACAUUUGCACCGCCCAUUUUUUUACCGAGUAAGUGAUGGAAAACCCCUUCAUUAAUACAGUUUGAAAGGGAGAAAAAGAGAAACAGAGGGUGGGAAAAUGGGAACGGAGGAGAGAGGAAAAAAAGCGGAGGGAUUUGAAGGGGAUAGGAGAUUGAGUGAAAGCCCUCCCGAUGAUGAUUGCUGCCCUAUUUGCUUCGGUCCCUUUACCGUUCCUUGUCGAACCAAUUGCGGUCAUUGGUAUUGCGGCAAUUGUAUUUUGCAAUUCUGGAACUAUUCCUCAGCAUCUCAGCCAUGCAAGUGCCCCAUGUGUGCUUGCAAGAUUGUUAAUUUGAUGCCAGAGGCAUCAUUGCAACAACAGCAACAGAGCCAGGAAGUUACUGAGGUUCUUAAAAGUGUACAGAGGUAUAACCUCCUCUUUCUUGGAGGCGCGCGUGGAUUCAUUCAGAAAGUGCGGGAGUUACCAUUCCUCAUCAAGAGAAUGCUCCAAGGGUUGAUGGAUCCUGAUACAAAUGAUACAUAUGUUACCGAGAUACGCCUUUUUGCAAUGCUGCUGAGUAUCAUCUACAGAGCUACACCAUUUGAUUUUAUUCCUACAGGGGGGUUAGGAAUCUGUAGGGUGUUUGAUUGUUCUGCGAUUGCUCUAGUACUCAUCCUGCGUCUGGUAGGCAUCUAUCGAAGAAGACGACUUAUGCAGCGUGAAAUGGCCCCAACGAAUGACGUCCGUACAAUCUCGCAAGAGGCCUUCGAUGAGUUGGUGAAAGAGAACAUGGACGAUCUCGGGAUGGAUCCCGCCGAAGCCCUAGAAGACGCCAUCCAAACACUCUCCCUUCAAGGCGUCGAUCUCUCUGGGAUCGUGCAGUGUGUGCCUGGGGAAGGUGGCGGCGUCAAGGACCAUCCGGCAAUACAAUGUUUGAAUAAACUAAAUCAACUCAAUUCUGACUCAAAGCAUCAAUUCGACACUCAAGAUUUAGUCCAAAUCACGGAAUUACUUAAUAACCUAAGUGAAUUGAGUUGUGCUAAUAAAGAAGAUUCGGGAAAUCCUGCAAUCAUUGCUAAAAAUGGAGGUAUCGAGUUAGUUUGUUCGAUCUGUAGUAAGAUUCCAACUGAAUCAAGACAGCCUCUAGUUUCUUGCUUAAAGACUAUGGCAUCGUUGCUCACUGAUGUUCAAAGUAGCGAGACUUUUAGGGGAAAUGGAGGGCCGAAGAUUGUGGUUAGCAUUCUUAGUUAUGGGAUUCCAGAUAUAGAUAUCUUGAAUUCGGGUUUCACUGUUGUUGCUGCUUCCUCGACUGGUAAUGAAGUUGUUAAACGAUCGUUUAUGGAGUUGGGAAUAGAUGAGCUGAUUCUACAAGUUUUGAGUGGACAAACUCAGGGAAGUGUUCCGAGCUUAUAUGAUGCUAUACGUGUUUUGUUAACAUCUGAUGAUAAUCGUGUUGUUGCUUCGGAAGUUUAUGGUUAUGCACGAAGAUUUGCAAAAAUAGGAACUGCGAGAGCUCUUGUGGAAUCUCUUCAUGGAGGGCUUAGUUCGCCUGGUCUUGUUUCAGCUUGCAUAGCACUAAAAGCUAUUGCUGUGAAUGAUGAAAUAUGCAAGUCAAUUGCUGAUGCUGGUGGUAUCGAUGCGCUUCUGAAGUGUGUUGAUGAUAGUGGCGAACACCGCAACAAAACUGUAGCUAGAACUUGCUGUUCUUUGUUAUCCAAGUUGGCUGGAAGUGACUCAAAUAAGAGUGCUAUAGUUGAGAAAGGUGGUAUGGACAGGCUGAUCAAAUUGUCAGCUAGAUUUUCUGAUGACCCGUCUGUGCUGCAAGAGGUCAUGGCCUUUAUUUCUGUACUCUGCUUGAGAUCACCGGACAAUGCAACUCGUGCCAUUGAAGCCGGAGCUGGGGAACUUGCUAUCCAAGCCAUGCAGAAGUUUCCUGCUGCUCAGCAGAUGCAAAGAAGUUCCUGUCUCAUGAUACGGAAUCUCGUUGUGAGGAACCCUGAAAACAGGACUCUGCUGCUGAAUAAUGGUAUCGACAAGUUUAUCCGUAAGGCAAAGGAAAAUCACGAAGGCUGCAAGGAUGUUGCUACUGAUGCGCUAAGGGAUUUGGGGCUUGAUAACUAUAACUCGUAGUUAAGAAGUAUAAGGGAUUCCUUCUCUUUUCUUUGUGGGGUUACAUUUUUUGGUUUUCGUUCAUUUUCAACAACUGAAUAUACUGGAUUUUGUUCCAAUUUUCACAUAUUUUGAGGAUCGUAACUUUGUACUCGUAUUCGAAUAUUUGACCGACAUGAAUCUCGGACAAGGAGUCUUCAGAGAA